GGUGAGCGUCUCCACAGUUGUUCCUGUAUCACAGUCAGUUAGCAAGAGGGAUCCCCGUAUGUAAUAUGGCGUCGUAAUGUUACAAUUUUGAAGGGACCGAUUUGCUGGCUGGUUUUCUGCUGGAUUUCUUGAACCUACUCCUCCCUGAGACGUUUUCCUCCUAGUAUUGCAUUAAUGGUAAUGCAUGCAAGGAAACUAUCACGUAUUAGCGAUGGGUUCAUCGAGAAGCACCAGGCCCACAGCUACGAGAAUUCUAAAUACAGCAGCAAGUACCGGUAUAGUAACCAUGAGAAAAGCAGGGAUUCACCCUCAACAAAUUCCCUACGAUCCUCGUCACCAGAUUCCAGGUCACAGUCACCACGCUACCACAAAGCAAGCUACUAUAAGGUCCGUGAGAAGGAGAGGGAGAGGGACCGUGACAACAGAGAUCGUGAAAGGGACCGUGAUAGGGACAGGGAUCGUGACAGAGAUCGGGAACGAGAUCGUGAGAGAGAAAGAGACAGAGAUCGGGACUACCAUUACAGGGAUAGAGAUGACAGUAGGUCACCUAAAGACCGACGAAGAGAGGUACGAGACCGUGAUAGGGACCGAGAACGCGACAGGGAUAGCCGAGGAAAUCACGACCGCAUUAAUUCAGUUCACAAGAAAGAAGAGAAAGAACGUUUGGCGAGGGUGGGCGACUGGUCGGAACAUGUGAGUUCUUCAGGGAAGAAAUACUACUAUAAUUGCCGCACUGAGGUUUCUCAAUGGGAAAAGCCCCCAGAGUGGUUAGAAUGGGAGCGUACACGUGCCAAGGAAACCUCCAAUAGGUCACAUGACAAGAGUUCAACUCGGCAAGAUAAACAUUCCAAUAUGGGAGAGAGUUAUCGGGAAGGACGGGACAUCAGGGAUGGUGAACGAGACAGAAAUGAUAGAGAUAGGAGAGAAAUGUAUCGAAAUGAUAUCUACGAUAGAAGAGAUUCUAGAAAAUAUGGUCAAGAGGUUGGUGCAGCAGAUAGGAAAUUUCUUCAAGGUGAAGUACUCCUACAUCAGAAACACCCACAACACCAGGAGCUAGUGUGA